GGCAACAUCUGACUGGGGUAAUGUGACUGGCAGAUGGGGACGAGCUGGGUGGGGUGUGUGGGGGUCAGUGCGUGGAGGUAGUAGGCUGAGGAGCUUCGCACCACACCGAGGUGCCUCAACUGACCCUCGUCUGCUCUCUGAUAUCCGACCGAACAGAAGAACCAGACUUCACCACAACCACAGCUCAGCUUGUAAAACCUGAAAGAGCCAUGACAGGGAGCAGGAGGAGGAGGGCGGCUCAGCAGGAGAAACAGGCCACAAAAAGGACAUGAAUUUGCCUCCAACGUUCAGAGAACGUUUACACACUGAGAUUUUAUGGGUCUGAAACAUCUCAACCAAGCCUCAAAUAGCAAAAACUGAAGGUCUUUUUCUCUGUCCACAUCCAGAAAGCAGAGACUGUCAGUUUCCUGAAGGCUGGCAGAGACGAUUGUUCACGAGCUGCUUCUGCUGGACAACAAGCUUGUGAAGCUGCACUCGCUUUGUGGAUCAUUACCUUCUAUAAACCUGAAAUUAAAGACAUCACAAAGACAGACAGCAUAUAUGAUUGUGUUACAGAUAAAGAGACACAACCCAAACAUCCUUCAGCUUUAAUCCUGGGACUGUCUGGGACUCCAGAAGCUGGAAUAACAAAUAUUCUGCACAAACAAAACUGUGUUUCAGAGGAACGUCUGUUGGAAGUUGUUUGAAUGUUUGGAAUAAAACCAGAGCGAGACACAAUGAUGAAUCACCUCCAUGCCGGUCUGAGCUCGGAAACGACGGAGAAGGCUCGCUUAGAGCUGAAUGAAAACCCGGAUACGCUGCACCAGGACAUCCAGCACGUGCGGGACAUGAUUGUGACGCGACCGGACAUCGGUUUCCUGCGAACGGAUGACGACUUCAUCCUUCGCUUCCUUAGAGCCAGAAAGUUCGACCAGGUGGAGACCUUCAGGCUGCUGGCUCAGUACUUCCAGUUCCGACAGCAGAACCUCGACAUGUUCCAGAGCUUCAAGGUGGACGACCCCGGCAUCAAGAGAGCGCUGAUGGAUGGUUUCCCGGGUGUGCUGGAAACUCCAGACCAACAUGGCAGAAAAAUCCUCAUUCUGUUCGCUUCUAACUGGGACCAGAGCAGGAACUCAUUCAUAGACAUCCUGCGGGCUAUCCUGCUCUCUCUGGAGGUUCUGAUAGAAAAGCCAGAGCUCCAAAUCAACGGCUUCAUCCUCAUCAUCGACUGGAGCAACUUCUCCUUCAAACAGGCCUCCAAGCUCACACCCAACAUCCUCAAACUGGCCAUCGAGGGUCUUCAGGACAGUUUCCCGGCUCGGUUCGGAGGAAUCCACUUUGUGAACCAGCCCUGGUACAUUCAUGCCAUGUACACCAUCAUCAAGCCGUUCCUGAAAGACAAGACCAGGAAAAGGAUCUUUCUCCAUGGAAACAACCUGAACUCGCUCCACCAGCUUAUCCAGCCGGAGUGUUUGCCGUCGGAGUUCGGUGGGACGCUGCCACCGUACGAUAUGGGCAUCUGGGCGCGAACGCUGCUAGGACCAGACUACAACGAUGAGACGGAGUACACGCUGACGUAUGACGCCCUGCACGUCAGGGAGAACUGUGGAGGAGGAGGAGACAAGGACAUGAUGAAGAGGUCUCAGUCGACAGUGGAAGCAGGAACUCUCCGGCAGACGGACAGAGAGACCAGCACGCCGCUGCUGGCCCUGGACUGAACCCACACAAGAACAUGCAAAGAUUUAUUUAAACACACACAGGCAGCAACAGCUGAGUAUUAACUGGUAGAAU